UUAGUGAACAACAAUUAUGGAGAGACUUAGCAUGCCGUAUGAUAUGGACGAAGCCCAAGAUGAAGAUGCGAGCAAUUUGAAGUUACCCGAAGAUUUGGAAGAUGUCAAGUAUUUUAACAAUUCCGAGGUGCACAUUUUGCUGGAGGAAGUGAAGAAGAAGCGCUUGCAGGAGGCAGAAAAACUGGCCAACGCGACGGAGUACGACGAGAACUUGGACGACGUCCCACAAAUCGGUAUACCCGAGAUUCUCGACGUGACACUCGACUAUACCGAGCAGGUGCGUCUCUUCAAAAGCGAGACGUCUGUGAAUGCUGUGCGCCGGAUGUUGUCCAAGUACGAGCUGGGAUUGCAUCCCUUUGAGCAGGCCACUCUGGCCAAUCUGUGCCCACACACGCCCGAGGAGGCGCAGUCCUUUAUGUCCUCACUGGAGAAUCGCUCUUAUGCCGACUUAAUGCUAGUGCUGGAAGAUGUGUGCCUGAAGCGCAGCCUCCAGUACUGAGGUGCUAAGGAGCCUUAAAUUUUUAAAGCAAAUCUAUGUAAACAUACAAUUUUAUUUAGUUGCAUUGCGAAAGAGAAUAUGUAUAGUAUAUUGUGACAAUGCAAUACACACACACACAC